CACAGCGAUGCCUGUUUUAAAGAUGUUUGUGAGUUUUCCUUUUUGAAAAUGGCUCUGAAUGCGAAAUGCCUGCGAGUGAGUUGCGUAAUCAUUGCCAUCGGCUGGAUCAUUGGGACCAUAUUUACCGCCUCGUACCUAGUUCAGGCGGAUACGGAGUACCCCAUAGUUACUCUUACAAUGGCCAUGUCUGAUUUUGUGACGACGGCUGGCUCGAUUCUGGGACUAAUUGGAGCCAUCAAGGACAUUCCAUUGGCGUUGCUGCUUUGGCUAUUGACGAUCCUGAUCUCCCGGUGCCUGGAACUUAUAUUGUUCAUGAUCUUCCAUUUGGAAAAGAAAUGUCUGUCCGCGUCGGUCUACAUGGCGACCGAUAGUGCGCUUUCAUUAAUACUCUUCAUUUCGGCAAUGCUAUGUGUGACGGCCAUGUCGAUAUUUGUCAUCUAUGAAUACUACGGCUAUCUACGAAACAAGAUUCGGUAUAAUGACGAAUGAUAUGUGUGAAGUUUUGUGGACUAUAUGUACAUAUAAUAUAAGUAUUCCUCUAUCCCCACACCACCCUACUCUGGUUUGAACUCUUCCCUUGAAUCGAUUUAUAAAAUGGCAAUCUUGCUGCACUUCAUAGAUGGACCCAUGAGAUACAUAUAUGUACAUAUGUAUGUACUUUGUAUUUCUGGAAGGAACUUUUUCCAAGCCAAUUGUGUUUUCUGUGGCGCUUACCACUUUCCCUCUAUUAACUCGGCUCAAAUGAGCGAAAUAAGCUCCCCUUGCCGUCGUCGCCGCCGCCUCCUGUGUUGUGAUUAAUGGUUGCGUUACCAUUGGGAUUUAGUGCGCGACUGACUUCGUCUUUGUCUAAGGUGGUGGUCGGUACCCAUAGCCCAGCCCAGCCUCCCCUCCCCUCCAUCCAAGCAACUACCUGUAGCGGCAUCUCUCAUG